GGUUACGUCAUAGAAGGCGGAAGUGCCGCGGGGGCGGGAAGGUUGUAGAGCCGCACGUUGGGCGAGGUUUGCCGGUCUUGAAGUGGUCGCGCCCCCUCGGAGAGAGCGGUCCGACGGUGAGGCACUCCGGGGCGCGAACGCGUACGCACGGUGAUUGUAAAGUGCUGAGCAGUUGCCACUGAACAGUUAACACAAAUAGGAAGAUGGCAGCAAACUCUUCAGGACAAGGUUUUCAGAACAAAAAUAGAGUUGCAAUCCUGGCCGAACUAGACAAAGAGAAAAGAAAACUACUAAUGCAGAACCAAUCCUCAACAAAUCAUCCUGGAGCUAGCAUCGCACUUUCGAGACCCGCCCUUAAUAAGGACUUCCGGGAUCAUGCCGAGCAGCAGCACAUUGCAGCCCAGCAGAAGGCGGCUCUGCAGCACGCACAUGCACAUUCAUCUGGAUACUUCAUAACUCAAGACUCCGCGUUUGGGAAUCUUAUUCUUCCUGUUUUACCUCGUCUGGACCCAGAAUGAAGAAAUUAUUUGUAAUGAAACUGACUUGGUAACAUCAAAUGCCAAAGCUACUAUUGUUCAGUGCUAUACAAGCUGUGACUUUCAGAAUUUCGGUGAACGUAUAUAUUUUGCUCCUUUAAAAGAAAGGUAUGUGCAAACGAAAGGAAAAAGGGGGUAACCUGGAUGAUGAGAGCUUUGGAAGCUGUAUCUGAAGACUGAUUAUGCUCCCCAUGACUGUAACUUAUUUGUAAUGCAGGUUGACUUUAGGGCUAAAUCGGACUCUGAAUUAGAUGGUCACAUAAACUCACUCCUGCGGCUCCCAGCUAGUCGAACCGAGUACGUCAUGUUCACAAUAGACUUUGAAGAACCAUUCAUAGUACUUAGCUUUAAAGAAAUGAGGGUGCUUUUAAAAAUGUGAACCAAAAGGCUUAAAUAAGUUACAUUCAUAUUCGCUGUUUAUAGAAUUGUUAUAGGUAUACCUUUUGAGUUUAUAAGUCAACAUACCAUCCUGAAGUAAUAUCUUUAACUCAUAACUAGUUUCCCUGUUCUCAACUUUAAAAGAAAACCCAAGACUAAGGUACUAGUCAGUCUGACACAUCGUUUAUAAGCCAAUAUGCCACUAUAAAUUAGGUGACUAAAUGCUAUUAAAAACAAUGAUAUGAAAUGUGGUUUUAAGUUUUAUGCAUGCUCUUAUUUUAUGUUACUACAUGGUGUGCCUGUAUGGUUUUUCUGUUCAUUUUUAUUCUAAUUAAAAAACAUAUGGCAGUUGAGCCCCUUUUUAAUUACUAUAAGGAGAAGGAGUUAGGUCGAGCAGUUUCUCAACAUGAUAUAUCUUAAGCAGAAUCUGAAGUGCUUAUUUAAACAUCCCCACUGCCUUCCCUAGUCCUACAGAACCAGAAUCUCUUGAUUCAAAAUAAAGUCUGAAAACCAUGGGUUAGAGAAUUGAGUUUUCACGAUAUACAGGGUCUGGCACAAAUGACGCCCCCUUUUUUUACUACAAACUCUUUUAUCAUAAAAUCAUAAGCAUGUAAUUCUGUAACAUAACAGUACCACACUCAAGCACACCAUAUGGCAUGUUAGGAGAAGUGUUCAAAUUAAAAGUACAAAUUAUUACACCCACAUUAUUACCCUGCCACCCACACUCUGGUGUUCCUUCUGCUGGGUCCUGUAUGUUUAUAAAUUCAUAGUGUGCAGGUCCCUGAAACUUAGAGGUCAUUUAGGUAAAAUCCCCUUUAUUUUACUUUUAAUAGGAUUCCAAUGAUAUUUUAUACUUUCUCACAGAUACAGAAUUUUAUAUAACAGCUUAUAACUGAGCUCACCUUGGCCUUGUGUCCCCAUCCUCUGUAGCGGAGGAUCAAACUUACGCUUCAAAUUCCAGUCAGGGCUAAUAUUUACUCCAAGUUCAUCUCCCUUUUCAGCAAGCUUCUCCCUCCUUCCCUAGACAUUCGCACCCACCACACAGCCCCAUCUUACCCAAACUGCGACAGUUCUAGACUUGGCUGUGCCAUUUAGAUUUCCUCUUGAGGAUCUGAACUGAUUUUCUUCAUCUGGUGAGUUGGCAGCUGUCCCCACUGUCCUGGUCACCGUUACAGCAAAGGUGCCCUUACUCGUGCUGCGGAGGAGCUCCCGAGGGGCUCUGGCUCCGGUCCUGCCUCAGGUCUCUCCAGCUUCCUGACGGUGGGCCUCAUUUUCUUGAAUUAAUUUGACUAAGUUUCUGUUCUUUGUAAUACAUGACCUAAAUCCGUGGUUCUAAAUCUAUCUACUUGAUGCUAGGCAGAUAGAAAAUUUGGAUUGUGGUUUUUAUACUAUCAAAGCCUCUAACUAAUGUGUGACUUUUAUAACUUAAGUUAAAGAGAUCUGUUUUCCAGUGAUACCUUUUCUAGUGUCUUAGCCUUUUCAAUAGAUGUUGCCUAAAUCUGCAGUGGUCCUGGCUCCCUGCCACCCAAAUCACUUUCAGAUUCACUUUGGCUCCAGGUGUGUUGAUUAACAGCUGCUCUUGUAAAACACUAUGCUCUGGGGAGAAAUGGUGAGUGACGCCUGCUCCCUAAGGAGGUCACAGUGGAGAGGGGCCUACUGUGGCCCAGCAGCGAUGGCCAGGGAAGCCGGAAAGCAGCGAGGAGCGUGGGAGAGGCAUCCUGGAGUCCAGGCAGGCCUAGAAGUAGCAGGUGGGCUUCACCUGGCAAGAAACGAAGAGCUGCUCCAGGCAGAGCUCAGGAUCUCGGAAUCAAAGAGAAGAAGGAGCUAAGACACGGAGCGGACCGCAGAGGAUGCCGGAAAGGGCAGCAGUGGGCUCAGUCAGAAGCCCUGAGUUGAAGUUUCAUUAUUGCUUCCCUCUGAUUGUGGGUGAAUUUGCCUCACUCGCUUGGUUACCCUCUCUUUACAUGUCACUCUAUCCCACCUGUAAUGUAAGAACCGAAUAGUCCUUCUUCAUUGCAGAGACGUAGCAUGUGCUAAUGGGAGGUUUCAUUCCAUGAAUCUGUUUCUGUGUGUUUGUAUAUGUGUUUUACUUAUUUGUUUAUUGUGUCUUCCACCAGUGCGAUCUCUGAAGGCAGGGAUUUUUGUUUCCCUCCUUCUGUCCCUCCCUUCUCUUCCUCUCCUCCUCCCUCUUUGGUUAUUCCUGUUUUAGUGGCCGGUCAGCCCCUACUUACUGAAGGAAGGAAGGAAUGAAUGAGUAUAUAUAAUCUGGAUGGUGAUAUAAAGGUUUUGUUUUUAUUUUCCUGUGUCUCGUGGUAAUAAAGUAUUGAAAGCCACUGCUAAAUAAUACUGGUGAUAGUGCUUUGUAUGAUUCUGGAAUAAAAACUGAA